AUGUCGUCGCGAGCGCCGUCCCGGCUGGCCUUCACACAGGCAAGCGACGCGCUGGCAGCCCUCAUCAGCCCAUCCACCCAGUUCGCGAUUGCUGGCUUCGAUCCUCAGCUGAAGGAUUGGUCGUUUGUCAAGCCGCUGGUGGUCGGCGCCGGCGGUAUCGGCUGCGAGCUGCUACACCUUCUCGCCCUCAGCGGCUUCGCGCACCUCACCGUGCUUGACAUGGACUUCGUUGAGCUGUCCAACUUGAAUCGGCAGUUUCUCUUCACGCGCAGCGACAUCGGCAAAGCGAAGAGCACCGCGGCGGCGGCGGCGGUGCAGGCGCGAUGCCCUGGCGUCUCCGUCACAGCAAUCGUAGGGCGCCUAGAGGAUCAGCCGGACGACUUCUACCGCGACUUUGACGCGGUACUGCUCGCCGUGGACUCGAUUCAGGCUCGGCGCUGGAUGAACCGAAAAGUUGCUGCGAUCGCCACGCGCGUUAUUACUCCCGCCCCUGCGUCCGCGUCGCCACCUGCAGCACGCUUGACAGCAGUGCCGUGUGAUGUGCCCGGGGCCUCCCCAGCACCACCGCCGGCCUCCGUGCAGCGCGUCGGGGACUACGUGAUUGAGGACGCCAAGCUGAUCAUUGACGCCGGCACGGAGGGCUUCGAAGGGCACUGCCGCGUCGUUCACAUGGCGCACAACCGCACCCCCUGCAUCGAGUGUGAGAUGUACCUCUACAACAGCGGCGUGACACGGACAACGGUGCCGCUGUGCACCCUAGUCUCGGUGCCUCGCGUACCGGAGCACUGCGUGCUCUACGUGCAAGUGAAAGAGUGGCCAGAACAUCACCGCCACGGUUGCCGGCGUAGCAGCCAAGGCGGGGACGGCGCCGUCGCUGCCGCAGGAGAGCACGAGGAGGAGGGGGACGGAGAUGAGCCACUCGACCCCGACAACGCCGAGCACGUGCACUGGGUUGCGGAGCGAGCACGAGCACGUCAGGCGGCGUUCGGCAUUGGCGGCGCUCCGAUUGAUGACAUGUUCACGCUCGGCGUAAUCAAGAACGUUGUGCCGGCUGUCGGCUUUACCAACGCGUAUGUGGCGGGGCAGGCCGUGACGGAGCUCAUGAAGUGGCUGACCGGGUGUGCACCGGAGCUGAAUAACUUCGCGUUCUACAACGGUGCCACCGAGGCAGGUGUUUACACGAGCAUCGAGAGGUGCUGCGGCGCCCCGAUGCACGGCAGCGGCGACGUGGCGGGUCGCUGCCUCGUCUGCGGGCCGCGCCCUGUCGUCGCGGUCGACGCGAGCGCCGUCAGCGCCGCCGUGUUCCGCAGGGAACUCAUCGAACUCCUCACAACAGAUGCCGCCGCAGCCGCGGUGCUGCACAGGGGCUCUGUUUUGCUGGUCUUGCAGUCGGCGUCAAGGCUGGUGGAGGUGCCACUGCCGAGCGCCAUCAAGGAGGCAAGAGCAGUCGUGCACGGGAACAGCAGCAGCAGCGACAGCCUCGCCAGCAUGCUCUGUGCCGCCGGUCACGAGGAGUUUGUGAAGGGCUGGAGGGCUGGUGUGCAGAUGGCCACGGUGGAGUGCUUUGGCACAGCCGACGACGCACGCGUGUCUGCACUGGUGCAGUGGCGGAGCGUCUCUGAGCAGGCCUAA